GUUUUUCCAAGUGGAAAUUAAAAAUAGCUAAUGUGGUAGCACUGUCAUUAAAUUAAAUCGAUAACAUUUCAGCUGUUCCAUUCGGUUCAUCUCUAAUUGAAAAAAUGUCAGCGGCACGUUUAUACGGUGGGUUUCGUUUAUUUUCCUCGAGCGCCGUGCAGCGCAAUGCCGUCGGUGGCAAGAGCCUGGUGGAGGCCGUGGCGGUGACCAAAAAUGGACGCACCAUUGUGGCGUGGCAUCCGGACACACCCGUUCCCUACGAGAACACCCAGCCGCUGCCAAAGAUCAGCGAGAUUCAAAGCUCCGCGGUGGUUAAGGAAUCGGCACUGAAGACGGCGAUGCGGGCCUUUAAGAGCAAACAUCCAGAAGUGGCUCGCCAGGAGCUAAUGCAGCUGACCCACACAACUAAGCACCGCUGGUUUCCACGCGCCCGCGACAGGAAGGCCAAGCAAACGCCUAUGGACCGGCCGUACCUGUAGUUUUACACCCAGUGCAUUGCAUAAUGUUCAAAUAAAUUCGUUUUCAUUUACUCCA